GCAACGUUUUCUUCUCGCUUCGUUUCCUUUUACAGUCUCGCUUUCUCUCUUCUUUUCAAUGGAGGGUUUUACAAAGGUUUAACCCAAACUUGAAGUGAUCGAGAAAGCUCCACAAUUCACCAAGAUGAGAAAACUUUGGCAUUCGCUGUCUCUCCUCGCUCGUCGGAGGUCAAUUUCUUCCUGCUCCAAAUCGUACUCUUGCGAUGCACCCUUCAACCGCUGCACCAAAACCCACGAGUUACUCAUCCAACCCAACGAGUUUAUCACCACCCCAUUUCGAAACAUGGGCACCCUCGUUCAGAAAACAUCUCCAAUACCCUCUAGGCAGCGCAAAAUCAUGAAAAAUUCGCAGCUUGAGGAGACUUUUGAGUCCGCAGAAACCACCGAGGAAAUGCUCAAGGCGUUCAGUAACAUGGAAGAAGUUUUCGACGAGAGAGAACUUGGUUUGGCUUCUUUGAAAAUUGGCCUUAAACUUGAUCGCGAAGGUGAGGAUCCUGAGAAAGCUCUUUCCUUUGCUAACAGAGCUUUGAAAGCUUUGGAUAAAGAUAAUUCCAACCCUUCUCUACCUGUUGCCAUGUGUUUGCAGUUGUUGGGGUCUGUUAAUUUUAGGUUGAAGAGGUUUAAUGAUAGUUUAGGGUACCUUAAUAGGGCCAAUAGGGUAUUGGGUAGGUUGCAGGAUGAGGGUCUUGGUGUUGAUGAUGUUAGGCCCGUGCUGCAUGCUGUGCAGCUUGAAUUGGCCAAUGUUAAGAAUGCCAUGGGAAGGAGGGAGGAGGCUCUUGAGAAUCUUAGGAAGUGUUUGGAGAUUAAGGAGAUGACUUUUGAAAAGGACAGUGGGGAGUUGGGUAAGGCCAACCGUGACUUGGCUGAGGCUUAUGUCGCGGUUUUGAACUUCAAGGAGGCGCUUCCUUACUGUUUGAAGGCGUUGGAGAUUCAUACGAAGGGGUUGGGGCAGAACUCAGUGGAGGUUGCGCAUGAUAGAAAACUUCUUGGGAUUGUGUAUAGCGGGUUGGAGGAGCACGAGAAGGCGCUGGAGCAGAAUGUUUUGGCUCAGAGAAUUUUGAAGAAUUGGAAUCUCAAUGCAGAUUUGUUGCGCGCUGAGAUUGAUGCUGCAAAUAUGAUGAUUGCUUUGGGGAGGUAUGAUGAGGCUGUUGGUACUUUGAACGGUGUAGUGCAUCAGACGGAGAAGGAUAGUGAGACUCGAGCACUUGUGCUUGUGUCAAUGGCGAAAGCACUGUGUAAUCAAGAGAAGUUUGCGGAGUGCAAGAGGUGUUUGGAGGUUUCCCUUGGGAUUCUUGACAAAAGAGAACGGAUUUCACCUGUGGAAGUAGCCGAGGCAUACUCGGAGAUAUCAAUGCAGUAUGAAACCAUGAAUGAGUUUGAAACUGCGAUUUUGUUGCUGAAGAGAACACUAGCUUUGCUUGAGAAGCAGCCACAAGAGCAGCACUCGGAGGGGAGUGUUUCUGCAAGAAUAGGUUGGUUACUGUUGUUGACAGGUAAGGUGCAGAAGGCUAUUCCUUAUUUAGAAAGUGCCGCUGAAAGAUUGAAAGAUAGCUUUGGUCCCAAGCAUUUUGGAGUGGGUUAUAUCUACAACAACUUGGGGGCAGCGUAUUUAGAGUUGGAUAGACCCCAGUCAGCAGCACAAAUGUUUGCAGUAGCAAAGGAUAUCAUGGAUGUAUCUCUUGGUCCACAUCAUGUAGAUACAAUUGAGGCAUGCCAAAAUCUUUCAAAGGCUUAUGGCGAAAUGGGAAGUUAUGUCCUUGCAAUUGAAUUUCAACAGCAAGCAAUUGAUGCUUGGGAAAGCCACGGAGCAAGUGCAGAAGAUGAACUUAGAGAAGCUCAACGGCUUCUUGAACAAUUGAAGAAAAAGGCCCAUGGUCCCUCUGCAAAUGAGAUUCCUAUGAAGGCUUUGCCGUUAGGGAAAACACCUGCAAUAACCAGGGACUCCAAGUUGGAAUCAUGACAUAAAUCCUCAGCAGUUUUAUUGUAAUGAACUUCUAUGAUAUUCGUAUCUGUUUACCAGUUUUGAGGCUUCCUCAUAGAUUUGUGGGGGUAAUUACUGAAAUUAAGUAGUAGUUAUACCCCAAUCAUAUAUAUAUAGGAUUUGCCAUCAUACGAUUUAGAUUUUAUUUUUCUUUUAAAUUCUCAGUAUUUAGUUGUCUGUCACUAAUAAUAUGGAAAUUCCUCCUCAAAUAAUGUACUUCGAUCCCUAGUUGUUUUAUAA